UGAGCUUUCGUCUGUCAGCCGCUGGCCAAAGCCAAAAAUCUCUCUCAUUUCGGAGGAGGAGACGGAGAGGAGGAUUUUCCAUAGUCGUCGCUCCGAUUCCCUCCAUCUUCAAUCGCCCUCAAUCGACUUCCUUUUGCAUUGAAUGCUUGUUUCUGCGAUUCGAUCGAUCGCUUGCCGCCCAAGGAUCUGAAAAUUACUGGGUUUUGAUGUUUUUGGUUGUUGUAUCAAAUUAUUGUUUUUCAUUUGUCGGCCUUUGUAGUUUGAUCGGAUUGGGGUCUUUGAAUUCUAUCUUGUAUGUUUAUGGUCGUUUAUGGUAUGGUUGAUUUUGGGGUAUUUGUUGAUCAAAGAUGGGAUUGGAAUCUUCUGGGGAGUUUCGUGGUUGAUUAGUGCCGGUGGGAUAGGGGGCGGCAGGUGUGUCUGUUUAAUUUAAUGGAUUGUUGUGAAUUUCUGUAAGUUAGUUGAUCGAUGGGGGUAUUGGGGGUAGUGAGUUUGUCGACAUUUGGAGCUUGAUUGGUUGGGUCAUGGAUGAAGCCAGUAGUAGCAAGGAAGAUGGACCUCGAGCCAGAGAGGAAGCAGACGAGGGAGAACACUGCUCGAGCCUGCCUUGGAGUCCGAGCAGGAGUCGAGCUUUCAGUCGUUAUUCUCCUUUGGCUGGAACUUCUCAGAAAUCUAGUACUCUGCGGGUUGUAGUUAAAAGACCUCUUGUGGCAAGAUUAACCAGGGACAUAGUUGAGACUUAUCAAAUAUGCAAUCUAGAAUUCAAGUAUUCUGAAGAAUUGAACCCAAAGCGGUACCUCACAAGUCCAUCUGUUGGAGUGCUAAAUGAUGGUUAUGACAAUGCAAACUCGGAUCUAAUCUUGACUGUGAACUUUGUCUUGGUCAAUGUAGACUCGCAAAGAAGGUACAUUGUCAAGGAUAUUCUUGGCCAUGGGACCUUUGGACAAGUUGCCAAAUGCUGGGUUUCAGAAACCAACAGUUAUGUUGCUGUUAAGAUCAUAAAAAACCAACCAGCAUACUACCAGCAGGCACUGGUUGAAGUCUCUAUUCUGACAACGUUAAACAAGAAGUUUGAUCCUGAAGAUAAGCAUCACAUAGUCCGGAUUCUUGAUUACUUUGUAUACCAACGGCAUCUAUGCAUUUCCUUUGAGCUGCUUGGUGCAAACCUCUAUGAGGUCAUCAAGAUAAACCAGUUUAGAGGGUUGUCACUGAAUGUUGUCCAAGUACUAUCAAAGCAGAUUUUGCAUGCAUUGGUUCUGAUGAAAGAAGCUGGUAUCAUUCAUUGUGAUCUGAAGCCAGAAAAUAUUCUUCUGUGUACGAGUUUGAAGCCAGCAGAAAUCAAAAUUAUUGAUUUUGGAUCAGCAUGCAUGGAAGAUCGCACGGUUUAUUCCUACAUUCAGAGUCGUUACUACAGGUCUCCCGAAGUUCUUCUUGGUUAUCAAUAUACUACUGCUAUUGAUAUGUGGUCUUUUGGCUGCAUUGUUGCGGAGUUGUUCUUAGGGCUGCCUCUGUUUCCUGGGGCAUCUGAAUUUGAUCUUCUCAGGCGAAUGAUAGAAAUUCUGGGAGGGCAACCACCUGAUCAUGUAUUAAGGGAGGCAAAAAACACAAAUAAGUUCUUUAAGCGUAUUGGGAGUGUAUAUCACCUUGAGAACGAUGAAACCUCCAUGGGUGGCAGAAGUGCAUACCAAGUAUUGACUGAAGAAGAGUAUGAAGCUAGGGAGAAGAAAAAACCAUUAAUAGGAAAAGAAUAUUUUAAUCAUAUGAAGCUUGAGGAAAUUGUUAUAACCUACCCUUACAGAAGAAACUUGCCUGAAGAGGAGAUUUUGAAUGAAAAUCGAACUCGCUUAGCACUGAUUGAUUUCUUGAGUGGAUUAGUUGAAUUUGAUCCAGCAAAACGGUGGUCACCUUUGCAGGCUUCAAGACAUCCUUUUGUCACAGGAGAACCAUUUACAUUCCCUUACAAACCACCCCCAGAGACUCCUCGCAUGCCUGUUGCUCAGAAUGUUAAGGUGGAUCAUCACCCUGGUGGAGGCCAUUGGUUUGCUGCUGGUCUUUCUCCUCAGGUUACAAGCAUGAACAGAUGUCCUCCACAGAGCAGUCAACAUUUUCAGAUGGCUCCAUAUUGUCAUGCCAGUAGUUAUGGCAGUUUAGGGAGCCAUGGUAGUUAUAAUGAUAAUGCUGGACUUGGAAGCAGCUAUGGAAGUUAUGGUGAUAAUAGUAGUUUUUAUGCAUAUUAUUCUCCAGUUGGUCCAUCGGGUUUGAACAUCCACACGCAAGGUGGAGUGCCAAUCCUUGGAGCUAGCCCAGAUGCUAGGCGAAGGACAUCUCAACUCUCUCAUGGAAAUGGUCUUGGUGUCAGUCCAUCUGCAGGAAAUUUUGCACCAAUGUCCCUGGGUGCUAGUCCCUCACAGUUUACUCCUCCAAGCUCCCACAUUCAGGUUUCAGCUGGUUCUCCUGGAAAGUAUGGUCCAACUUCUCCAGCAAGAAGUAGUGGUGUUCAUGGUUCACCAUUAAGCAAAAUGACAGCUGCAUGCCAAGUUAACAGAAGAAGAAGUUGGGGAUAUCCAGGAAGUCUGCAAUCUCAGGAGAGUUCAUCUCCACACUGGCAAGGGCAUCACAGUGAUGGUGCUAGCUGUAGUCACACUGAAGGGAACUCUCGAGGACAUGGUAGUUCUCCUCGAGGUGUGCAAUCAAGUUUUAAUUCACCAAGCUGGAGACAGCAAAGGGGAUGCAAUGGACUCACUUCAGGCUAUUCCUCAACUGUUCAGAAUGCCCCUGGAUCACAUGCACAGAGCUCUAAUUUUCCAUUGCAACAAACUUCAGAAUCUGCUUAUGACAAGUCUGAAAGCAAUUCGUCACUUCCUGAUCCUGGUGAUUGGGAUCCCAAUUAUAGUGACGAACUUCUUUUGCAAGAGGAUGGCUCUGAUGUAAGCUAUCUAACUUCUGAGUUCAGCAAUGGAAUGCGCCUUUCGCAUGCUGCAGAAUCUGCAGUUCCAAUGGCUGGAAUUGGAAGAUCAAGCCACAUUUCAAACCAGGCACAGACAAGUUCAAGCUUAUCCAUGCAAAGAACAAAUGGACCUAUUCAACCAUAUUCACAUGUAGAAGUGGGAAGCCCGCCUUCAGCUCAUGAUAUGUUUGCUGGGUAUCCACGUGCAUUAUCGAAACCUUCAUCACAUCCUAUGUCUCAUUUUUCAUUGAACUAUCCAAGCCGUUUGGGACAGCAGACUGUCCAGCGGUUCAACCAUGGGCACUCAAUGUUUGCUCGUAGUGGUGAGUGGAGUCAUCACAAGGUUCAGCCUCCACCCAACUAUAGCAUGGGGGGUUCACAUUCUCCUGGCAAUAGCACAUUUUCCAAUGGAACGAAUUGGGGACGAAGGGCCGGGCAUCCCAUCACCACAAUUCCACCACCAUCCCAUGCAAGAAAGGACUAUGGAAGGAUUGCCUGAAGUAGAAAGUUGGUUAACCUCCUGAGAGGGGUUAUGAAUUUCAUAUUUGGCAUGGAAAUCUGUAUUUGAUAGUUCCAGUUGCCAUGCAGGCUUGUGCUAUCUAUGGAAAUCUUCUUUGGGGUCAUGUUGGUCCAUUGUGCUUUCACUAAUAUAAUUUAUGAUUUAUAAGGCAUCCAAAUCUUGUUGGAAAUUCACUUCUGGUUGGUCCACAGCUAAUUAAUUCAUCCAAGGGCCUUCAUCUCCACGCAGUUCACCAGCUGCUAGAUUUGUUCUCAAGUUCUGUACUAAUUUUUGGUUUGCCUUAUCCUCUUUUGAAGGAAAUACAAUGUUAGAUGUAUCUAACAUUGCCAUUUUCCACUAAGGUAUACCUUGCAGCUGGAUAGGACAACGUUUAUUAAGUUCAAACAGAAGGCCAGGUGGCAAGGGCUGUCUGACAGGUAUUGCACCAACAAUUUUAUGUUGCUUGGCAGUUAAAAAUUGUUAUCAUAUGUUUUCUCUUUGGUGCCAGAAAAUAUUAUGGUUUUGGAUGCACAUUUUGUUGAGUUUUAAUUGCAGAUCUCCAAGUUCCUCGGUUCUGGUGCUCCAGCGGACCACCCCAUUUUGCCAACUGAUUGUUGACGGAGUUUGGUCCUAGUGUUCCUAUCCUAAGCAUAAUGGCUUUGGAUGUGAUAAUUUAUACGUUCAUUUUUUUUUUUUUUUGUUUUUCCAGUUGAUUGUUAUUUGUUUGAGUUAAACACACGAAUUGAAUACUGGAACAUGAAUUCUUUUCUUUUCCCUGUAAACUUCUGUGUUUGAAAUUUAUUGACAGAUCCAAAAUUCCGAGUGCUAA